CAGAAAGAUUAUUUCAAAUAUUUCCAAGUCAAUUUGUCUUUUGAAUAGAAAUAAAACGAGUGGAGGUAGCCUAAUUCUCUGUUGACAAGUUAAGCAUCCUGCAACAAAAACUAUUUCUAAUAUUUCUCAGUUUAUACGAGUGAGUUGAACGUCUGAUUUAUUUUCCAAGAGGAUAUUUUCAAAGAAUUCAAAGUUUAUUUGUUUUUUGAAUAAAUAAUACAACUGAAAGUAGUCUAAUUUUCUGGUGACAAACUGAAAAUCCUUCAACAAAAACUACGUAAUUUGGUGACGUCUUCAUUCAGUGUGCUAUUUCGCCAAUACUUCACGACAUUUGCAAUUACAUUCACAGUUUCCCGAGGUAGUAAAAACAGACUUGACAGUUUGUGCGUUGUGCAGUGCAUUGUUAGGCAAAUUCGAAUUCUAGUUUCGAGUUUUCUUUAGAAUUUCAAAUAAGUUUUCUUUAGAAUUUCAAAGUGUUUCACUACUUCAGUCGUGUGUUUCCUACUGGUGUGUACAUUGCUGCUCUAAAGAUGGAGUGCUAUUGGAUACUUUUCUACGAUUGAAGAGUUUUUCCGACAAAUAUUGGAUUUUUGGAAGACUGCUCUUAGCGUGGAUUGGAUUAUUUGAAUUAGUGGAGUCCGCUGCUAGCGAGUGUUGCGAGUGCUGGUGGUGGGCCGCAAAAGAUCCCAGCCUCACCCUCCUGCGCUGGGGUGACUAAGUCCUAACUUCGCCAAACCAAGUCCCAACUAAGUCAACAGAUGGGCUGAGCCACUUAUUAUACUACUACUGAGACUCCUGCAUAGAGAGACUACAUUCUGCUAACAAAUAUCACAAUUUUUUUGUGCUUAACUGUUCUUAAAGAUUGAGUGCCAUGUUGAAGGUGGUAGGAGCUUCCUGGUCGCAGACAAGAUACAGUUCGCUGUUGAUUGCUUCAGUUGCGUUGAUGGGUAUGAUCACCAUUCUCUUCCUAGAGUUUGUACCCAGAGACGUGUAUGAUGGAAGAUACGCAGCGACUGUGUUUUGGAAUGCACAGACUGGGUUCAGGAUUGAGUUUUGGGGUCAGGGAAAUGACCCUAGAACCAUCAGAAAGGGGGUGGCCAGGGCCUACUACCGCCCUGAAAUGCUCUCUACUGGGUGGGCAGUGCUAGAAAUCGAAACCCAACCGAGUUACCCGGACCACGUGCAGGCGCACGCAGCUGGCUUGCUGGAAGGCAGCCUCAGCUGGCAGCUGAUUUACUGGCAUUGGCAGAACACAGUGGACAGCGCCUGUGAGGGCCGCGAGAAGUUCUGUGAUGAAAUCACCGAUUUCCUCGAGGAUAACCGCGACUUCAUACGUGAGAAAGCACGCUUGUACGACAAUGAAGACCCGUUCUGGCAUCAGGUGAAUUUGUUCUACGAGCAACUUGAUGGUCUAGAGGUUGGUUGGAGGUAUGCUGUCAAAAGGAGUAGACAAGAGGAUGACGUCGACAUUCCUCGCACUGACUUUUUAUGGCUGAACGUAAUGAGCGACAUUCUGGACCUGGAAGCCAAGAAGAACAUGUCGAAAGAGUUGAUAACCAACAACCGCCCUCCGCUCUCUCUUGCACUCUUGAAAUUGAUUCCUGGCGACAUGACUGAUUUCAUCCUUUCUCAUGCUACUGGUGGAUACUACAGUUCCAUGCUACGUGUUCAGAAACAGUACAAAUUCGGUCUACACCAAACUGGCAAACUGGGCUCUGCUUUGGUGCCGGGUCAAGUGAUGACGUUCACCUCCUAUCCUGGGUCGGUGUUCUCUCAGGAUGACUUCUACAAGGUGACUUUGACUACUCACCCCACCAGCAGUAAGAUAGUUGUCAGCGGAACUGUCCUGAAAAACCUCAACCCUGAAUCGUGGGCUCAAGUGGAUGCCAGUGAACAGGUGCUAAUCGGUCCCAGGGUUUUGGCAGCCAACCGUCUAGCUCGCAACCCUGAGCAGUGGGCCGAAUUAAUUUCGAAAAACAGCAGCGGAACCGGAAACAAACAGUGGCUAGUCAUCCAGCCCAAGGUCACCGGUCAAGGUCAAGCCCCUCAAGGUCAAGGUGACAACUGCACAGGUAGCCUGACCGUGUGGAUAGCGGAGCAGAUGCCGGGGUUGUCGCGAGCGGGAGACAUAUCGGGACACCUCAAGGACACCGGCUACUUUAUCAGCUACGGGUUGCCUAUGUUCAAGGACAUCCAAAACAUAGGCGGCUACCACAAACACGAACGCAAGGAGCUGACAGCCGCACGCCUUCUGUUACAACAGGGCAAGAAAACGUCACCGACCUCAAAACCAUGCUAGAACUGAUGAGAAGUCCCGACAUUUCACUCUUUGGUCGCGGCGACCUGCUCACAAUGGACGAGCUCACACGUCAAACCGACCUAUUCUACAACGAUUCUCUCCACUUCUUCCCCGCCCCAAACAAAACCCACCCGCACCUCAAUUCCCUCACCUCAAACGGCAACCAUAACCUCAAAAAAACCGGACAACUAGACCUCGGUCUCUACGCUUCCAACCCUAAAAAAAGUUUCCGCAACGUGUUCAAAAAAAUCAUCGCACUGAAAAAAUUACGUAAGGAACUGUCAACAACCAAAGAGGAUAAUGAGAGUAGUGCCAGUAGCGAUAGUGCGGAGACUGUACAGAGUGAGGAGGACAGACUGCAGGAGCGAAAUCGUACACCUCAUUCCUCGAAAACCCUGAAUGAUGCUCAGAAAGCUGACUUGACUGGGGUGAUAGAUUUCAAAGUUUUGUCGCACAAGGAUGAUGUUUUUCAUGCCGCCUCUGGGCCGUUAUACAGCAAGUACGGUGGUCAGAUAAUUAUCGAACCCUUCCAGUGGUCGAAAAGUCAGAUAAGCGAGCAUCCCCAUAACGGGCAUUCAGAUAUCUGGCAGUUUGAUCCUGUACAAACUGAGUGGGUUUGGUAGAAAAUUCGUCACAAAAAAUAAAAGUAGAAGAGAGUAAAAAAUUUGAAAAAAAUAGUGAGAAAGUUGUAGGGUUUUACAGUUUUACAAGAGUGGGCUGCAGUAUACAUUUGAGGAGACAGUCAAUUGGAAAAAGUAUUAUUUGAAAUGGAAUUCGAUAGAAAAUUCGUCACAAAAAAAAUAAACUCAGAUGAGAGUAAAAAAAUUGAAAAAUUAGUGAGAAAGUUGUAGAGUUUUACAGUUUUACAAGAGUGAGCUGCAGUAUACAUUUGAGGAGACAGUCAAUUGGAAAAAGUAUGAUUUGAAAUGGAAUUCGAUAGAAAAUUCGUCACAAUAAAAAUAAACGUAGAAGAAAGAAAUUUGUGAAAAUUUUGAAAAAAAAUAGUGAGAAAGUUGUGGAGUCUUACAGUUUCACAAGAGUGGGCUGCAGUAGGCUAUACAUUUGAGGAGACAGUUUAUUGUAAAUUGACAGAAAAUUAUGAUUUUAAAUGGAAUUCGAUAGAAACUUCGCCACAAAAAAUAAAAGUAGAAGAGAGUAAAAUAUUUGAAGAAUUAGUGAGAAAGUUGUAGAGUUUCACAAGGGUGGGCUGCAGUACCUACUAUACAUUUGAGGAGCUGCAGUAAAAGUAUGCUUGACAGAAAAAGUAUGAUUUAAAAUGGAAUUCGAGAGAAAAUUUGUGAGAGUACUGGAAGAAAAUGGGAGAAAUUAGUAGAAUUUCACUAGAGUGAACUUCAGUACAUUUGAGGAGACAGUAAUUUAAAAAAGUGUAAUUAUUAUUAAACGAAAAUCCCAAUUAAAUACUGUCAAUCACCCCGAAGACUUCUGCUUCUGCAAACAUUCAAUUGUAGUGAUUUACAGCAUUUAAUUGGGUUUUCGUUUAAUAAUAAUUAUUCAUUAAUUAGCAUUUCAACGAAUGCAACUUCCAACUCAUUUCUAUCUCUAAGAAAGUAGAGUUCGAACUAGGUUGUUGUGGAGAUCUAUAAAAGUGAGCUGAAGUAAAUUAUUGGAAAACGUAGAGUUUGAAAAAGUUGUGAAGAUUUACAAGAGUGAAAUGCAGUACUUUUGAGGAGAUAGAAAAUUGGAAAAGUAUAGUUUGAAAUAGUUCUGGAGAUUUACAAACAUUGAGAAUACUACACAAGUAUUAGAAAAAUAACGUCACCUCAACCUAGAUUUUGAUUUGGACUGUAGUUUAAAUUUGAAAAGGGACAGUUUUGGGCAUAAUCUAAGCAAGCUAUUGUGCCUUCUCACAUAAAUAUAAUAAUAUUGUACAUGACUGGAUAAAUAAAUAUUACAGUAGGCCUACACAACUAUUGAUAAUAUGGAGAAAUGAACUGCAGUGUAUAUUUGAGGAGACAG